CUAGCGAGGCAAUAGCGCUGCAUUGUCUUUGUUCCUCCACUCAGAAUCUCUCCCCGUCUCUCUCUAUCCUUUCCUCUACUUCCAUUACAGUAUUACACGGGUCUGGAUGAUUGCAGAGACAGCAACAUGGCUGUGAAUCUCAGCAAGAACAGACUGGCCCUUCUAACAGCCUACCAGGAUGUUAUCAACGAGACCUCGUCCACCGACUGGGCCUUGUACACAUAUGAGGACAACAGCAAUGAUUUGACACUGGCAUCAUCAGGAGCUGGAGGUCUACCGGAGAUCACAGUGACCUUCGACAAUGCCAGGGUCAUGUACGGCUUCUGCAGCCUGAAGGAGCCCACGGCCGCACUGCCGCGCUACGUCCUCAUCAACUGGGUUGGUGAGGAUGUGCCUGAUGCAAGGAAGUGUCAGUGUGCCAGCCAUGUGGCUAACAUUGCAGAGUUUUUCCAGGUCAGUCUCACUGAGGGAGUCAACAUCAUCGUCAAUGCCAGCACCAUGGACGACAUCGAACCAUCCGCCAUUGGACAGAGACUGACCAAUGGGACGGCUUCGGUGGCCAGCCCCGUCCUCAGCCGUCUGAGAACCAGAGAGGAGGAGAACGGAGAGCUCGGAGUGGGCACCGUGUACACCAAGACCAACGCAGAGAUCGAGAUGAAGAAGAUCAAUAGAGAGGAAUUCUGGGAACAAGCCAAGCGUGAAGAAGAGUUGAGAAAGGAGGAGGAGAGGAAGAAGGUUGCGGAGGAGAGGCAACGCUUUGAGGAGGAGAGGAUGGAGCUGGAAAGGAAGGAGCAAGAGGAUAGAGAGAAGAGGUACCGCGAAAGGGAGAGGCAAAUUGAGGAACACAGAAAGAAGAUGCAAGAGGAAGAGGAGGCCAAAGAGAGGACACGGAACCAGCCCCUCAUAACAGCAGAACCUAGCUAUGAGGAUCUGGAGAAAGAGAACAAGGAGACGGAAGUGGAGGAGGCGAAAGCCCUGAUUGCCCAGCGGGCGGACAAUCCCAGGGAGUUCUUUAAGCAGAAAGAGAAGGCUGUGACCACUGGUGUGGACGUCUCUCCUGUCUCUAUCCACAGGGCCGGCCGUUUGGACAGCCCGUUACCAGGCCGUUUGGACAGCCCGUUCUUGAAGCAGCAGCACAGUCCCAGCGAGCCCAGUCCGCCCCCCCUCUGCACCCCGCCACAUGCGAGGCUGCAGCCCACUGCACCCGAUGGUGAUGAUGAAGGGAGCUCAGACCACAGCAUGGGGACGUCCCCAACGCCUAUCCCUAAAAUAGUCACCACACCCAUCCAGGAGGCAGAGGACGACAGCCGGAACGAGUGGGGUGAGCCGAAGCAGCAGCCAGGCCCAGUUCAGGAGUCCACUCCCACCAAGCCCGUUCAGAGCGUGGCCCCCCAGACCCGCCCAGACUCCCAAGCCCCGUCCUCAACCUCGGACGACUACGACCCCUUCUCAGGUUUCAGGCCCCUUCCCGCACCCACUGCCGCAGACCCCCUGGUGGACCUAUGGGACAGCAGUCCUGCCACAGGCUCCGCCCCCUCUCAGGCCCUGCCUCCUGGAGGGCGAGUCCAGCCCCUGCUGAGCUUCGACGAGAUGGGAGACGUACCAUUCUACCCGGGGGGCCCCGGGGGUGCUGAGGACGAGCCCUCCAGCCUGGUGGAUGUGGCUGGGACCCACGAUAUGACCCUGAGCUACCAGCAUGCACUGCAGCAUGCUUCAGAUGACACUCAGCUGAUGACCAAUGGGGAGACGCUGCUCAAAGAAGGGACUCAGGCGAGCGAGGGUUACUUCAGCCAAUCGCAGGAGGAGGAGGACUGCUCUGCUAAAAUGAACCCGACGCCAGUGUUUUAUAACAAGCCACCAGAGAUUGACAUCACGUGCUGGGACACGGACCCUGUAAUGGAGGACAGCGACUAGACGAUGGCGGAGUAGAACAGUCCGGUGGAGGGAAGUAGAAACAACGCAUCAUCAAUGACGAAACUGUUUUUAAAAAAGUAAUAAUAACAAGUCUUGCAUUAAAAAAAAAAAUCUGUAUAAUGUUCUAGAAUAAAACAAAAAAAUGUUAGCCACCGAAAA